AUGGCGUCCUUCUCCGAGGGGAUUCAGCUGCGCCGGUGCCUAAGCUUCAGCGGCGGUGCAAUGCAACCAUCUCCCCCACACAAGUCCACGGGGCCCUUCAACCAGCGACAAACUCAGCUGCUUGGUGCCAAGACAGUGGUGAUAGCUCGGUGGAACCUCCAUCUUCGGAUCUGGGAGAUUGAGAUGGAUAGGGCAUGGAUGUACACUGCAAAAAGGGCAGACGCCUAUUUUCGUGGAAAGCUUAACAAAUUCAUUAAAGUUAUCGAGAACCACGCAAGAAAUGAGAAGACACAGCUGAUGUGUUGUCCAUGCUUUGACUGCCAGAAUUUGAGAGUAUUCAGCAGCCCAACUAUAAUCAGAUCGCAUGUGAUAGUGAGGGGUUUUGUCAAGGACUAUAUGGUCUGGAAGCAACAUGGUGAGACUGAUGCUCCACCACCUCCGGCGAAUAAUCCACUGAGUCAAAUCGUAGAGGACGACAAUUUUGAUAGAAUGGUUAGUUCUUAUUUUCAUGAUGGCGGAGAUGAUGAUGGUGUUAGUGGAUCCCAUGGUGAUGAUGGUGGCACUGAUGAAGUUGGGGUUAGUGGAUCUCAUGGUGAUGAUGUCGAGUGUCCCAUGGAUGGUGAUAGUAGUGAUGAUGAACUUGAUGAUGGUGAUUUUCUCGGCCAGUUGUUGCACCACACUAAAGCGGAGGUAUUGGUUGCUAGUGCCCAGGGGUUAGCAAACUUUGAGACGGUCAAAAAAUCAGCUGAGGAACUUAUUUAUGACUGCUCGAAGGGAUGCCCGAAAUAUUGGAUCGUGCUUCGUUUCAUACUUGAGCUGUUGACUCUGAAGGCUAAGCAUAGUUGGUCAGAUAGUAGUUUCAAUGAUCUGCUGCGUAUCUUGGCUUGGUUACUUCCAAAGCCAAAUAAAAUGCUAGCCAACACAUAUAGAGCAAAGAAGCUUGUCAGCCCAUUUGCCAUGGUCGCUACAAAAACAAUUGCUGGAUACUGUGGUGAUGACAAUCAAGAUCCAACCAAUGUUAAUAAGGGGAAGGGGAAUGUGGCGAAGAAUAAUAGUGCUGCCUCCAUUGAGCCAGAUGACGCUACUUUAGGCAUUUCUGAGAAGCAGAGCAGAAUUCCAGCCAUGGCAUUGUUUGUCCUGUCAGGACAGAUCAAAGGUACAACGGGAUGCACGGUGUGCGUGGAUGACAUCGUAUCAUCUUUUCUUGAGGGUUCUCGGAAGGUAGUUUACCUUGGAUAUAGACGCUUCUUGGUUGAAGGGCAUAGGUACCGAUGUAAGAAGUUCUAUAAUCAUUUUGAUGGCUACCCUGAAUUCCGUUCUACUCCAGAACGACGAGACGGGCAUUAUGUUUUCAAUAUGGUCCGAAAUGUCAAGGUCAUUUAUGGGAAGAAGAAGGAAGAUGGGAAGAAGAGAAAGAGAGAUAAGGCACCUAUCGAAGGCGUACUAUUCAAGAAACAGUCCAUCUUCUACAAGUACUCGCCGUAUUGGGCAGAUCUUGAGGUCCGCCAUGCAAUUGAUGGUAUGCACCUGAAGAAGAAUGUGUUUGGUAACACAAUUGGGCUCCUUCUAGAGACAUCAGCCAAAACAAAGGAUACGUACAAGUCAUGA